GAAGACGAGCAACACGUGGGAAUCCAAGAUGGCGGCGUGCAGCGUAGAAGACGUGCUUGCUAAAGCUGAAAAAGAGGAGGCAGAAAGACUGAAAAGUAUCACGGUAAAUAAGGAAUUAGAUCUCGACUUCGAUAUCGGAAACUUGCUGGCGUUGGACAAGAACUCGAUAAACAGUCGGGAGUUUAAACAGCAAAAUAAAAACGAGUUUCUUCGCUCACUGGCACGCGACAACACUCAGCUCCUCAUUAACGAGAUCUGGAAACAUCCAAGCGAGAAAGUAGAGGAGGUCAUCGUGGUCAAGCUGCCGGACCCUGUCACCCAGUUACCGCGAGAAAAACCCGUUCCCAAGGCGAGACCCCCGACCAAAUGGGAGCAGUUCGCUAAACUGAAAGGCAUCCAGAAGAAAAAGAAGACUAAUCUGGUGUGGGAUGAAGUGCACAAGGAGUGGAAAAGGCGCUGGGGUUAUAAACGAGCUAAAGAUGACACGAAGGAAUGGCUCAUAGAGGUGCCGGAAAACGCGGACCCUAAUGAGGACCAGUUUGCUAAAAGGGUCCAUGCCAAGAAGGAGCGAGUGGCCAAGAACGAGUUUAACCGCCUGAAGAACAUCGCCAGGUCGCAGAAGCUGAAAGUGCCUGGUGUGGGACUCGCUCCAACUAGUCAUCAGUCAAAAGCAGAGCUGGCCAAAGCUGUGAGCGUCGCUAAAAGUGCUACAGCUUCCGUGGGAAAGUUCCAAGAACGACUUCCUAAAGAGAAACCUCAGAGAAACACGGGCAAGAAGAGACAGUUCCAGCCUCUGAUCGGUGACUUCGCUGGAGAAAAGCAGAAGCACCUGGACAUGCUGAAAGUGAUCGAAAGCAAGAGACCUCGACUGGACAUCACCAAGGCGGUGAAUAAGCAGAUGAGGGAGGAAGACGGCGAAUCUACCGAAAGGAGGAAGGGGAAGAAAGGACGGCGAGGGAAUGCGCCUGGGAAAGGGAGACGGAAUGCUCCAGGUGGGAAAGGAAAGGGGAAAGGGAAAGGUGGAGCUUCUAAAGGCAAAGGACGAAAACCUGCAAUGAGGCAGGGCAAACGUUAACGUGGACUUCUAAAGCUUUAGAGAAAUCUGGGACUUUACGUUUGAACCUCACACACACCUGAACCUGUAAACGAGCAUCUGAGAAAUAAAGUACUUUUUCUUGUCACGCAUACAUCUUUUGUACCUUGAGUGUGUAGGUUUUACUUGGAAAAAUGCAUACUUGGCUUUGGCUCCUUAUAUCAGUGGUUCUUAAGGAUAAGCGAUGUGCCUUUAAAUUAUUUGUAAAGGUGAGAGAUCUCCUCAUGGUGGGAUCACUUUAGUGACACGGAAAGGUGUGUUUAUUUCUGAGAAGGAGAUAUGAUGAUGAUAUUGCAGUAACACUUCUGAGUUCUGAAUUUUGUGGGUAUCUUCUGCACUUCUAAGAGAAUAAUACACUCUGGGAUUUUUUUAAAAUAUAUAUUUCCCCCCAAAAAAAGCUGUUCUUUGGUUGAUCCUUUGUCAGCAAAUGUACAUCACAUAUCAUUUAGAGCAUUUUCAGACAUAAUGGUAUGAAUAUUCCUGCUCUGGUUCGAAUGAAGCUGGAACAACUAGUUUAAUUUUAAUGUAACGUCGUGCAGAUCUUUAGAAACAUCUGGGCAUGAAGACCAAAUCCUGGAACCUUUCAGUAUAGUUGAUUUUCAAAAACAAGUACCGUGCAUCCUUGCCUAAAAUACCGAGUUUAGGGAUUGAUACACAGGAAUAUUAGAUGUGCAUUAUUUGUCAUGAAAGACUCGAAGUGCUUUCUGUCUUUAUUUGAUGAUGUCAUUCGGCAACAAAUUGAAGGGUUCCUGUAGGUUUCAUUGCAAUAAUCUGGUACGUAUUACAAUAUUUAGAUUUGCAACAAAGCAUUGUAGCUAUAUCAAGUGAUUUUGAUCUAAUGUUUGCAUAAAGGGGAAAUGUUAAUGUUUCAUCUCAGUAUUAAUAUAUUACAAUUAUUGAUAUCGUCAUAUCAUCCAGCUCUAUUCAACAGGUGUUUGGAAUAUUCGUACACUGUUAUUGUCCAUCUGGAAUAUCAGCAUUUCACUGUAUUCACAUUUUUCUAAAAUUACUUGAGAUAUGUUUUAUAUGUCAUGCUUGUAAUUGUUAUCUGUCAACAGAGGGCCUUUGCUUAUUGGUGCCUCAGAUUUUCCCGCUUUUGUGAACACUGAUAUUGCUUUUCACAAAAGGUUUUGAAUAAAUAUAGUGACUAUCAA